UCAUCUCUUUUCCCUGUAAACCAUCUUGAUAAGGAAUUAUAUCUAUCAAAAUGGCGGAUAUCUCACAGACUGAAAUCACUCUCGCGGAGCUGUCGACCACGGCGGUUACCUUUCAUCCGUCUCGGGUGACGGUCACGCGUGAUAUUCCUGUUUCUGUGCAGCCCGGCCCGAAUGAAAUCACCAUCCACGGCCUCGACCGCAGCGUCGACAUUGAGUCCAUCCGCAUCGAAGGAUCCGGGCCCGCAACUGUCACGGAUAUUCAGACCGAGUUUGUGAAGCGGCGUGAUGCUCUCUCUGAUUCCGAUGAUGAUGAUGAUGAUGACGAUGAUGAAUUCGAUGACUCCCCCGACGAAGAGGAGAUCGUCGUGUCGCAUGCUCUCCAGAUCGCACGGGAAAAGGUAGCCCAAGCGGAAGAAGGAUAUGCCCGGGCACAAUGUACGCAGGAGACGGCCGCGUCGGUGAUUAAUUUCCUGGAUCGACAGAGCACGAAUCUGCGCGUCGUGUGGCAUACACUGGAUGUGAACAAGUUGGAUGAGUAUUUGAGUCGAUAUGAAUCUCGGCGACGGGAUCAAGCGUGUGUUCAUGCCCAGGCGGGGAUGGAUAUGAAACAGGCGGUGGAGAAGGGGGAGUUGUGGAUGAAGAAGUGCGCGAAGUUGGAGGAGAAGGCGCGGAAAGAGAGGGAUCGGAAGUUGAAGGAGGUGAAUAAGGAGAGGCAGAGGAAGAUGAGGGAGUGGAGGGAGAAGAAGGAGAGGAGGGAGAGGGAGAGGGCGGAGAAGAGGAAGUUUAGGACCUCUACGGUUGGUCAGGUCGUUGUGCAUCUGGAUGGACAGGAUGGGGUUGUGCCCCCUGCUUCGAGUCGGAGCUCGCUUUGUGAAAAGCCCCCGAUUACGGAGGACAGGGAGGUGAGGCUGCGGUUGAGUUAUGUGGUGUCUGGGUCGUCGUGGUCGCCCCGCUAUGAUCUCAAUAUCAAUACGCCGUCGUCGUCAGCGAAGAUGGUCUAUCGGGCUCAGUUUCAUAAUGUUAGCUCGGAGACCUGGCGUGAUGCUAAGGUCACGCUGUCGACUUCGCAGGCGUUGUUCUCGGGGCUUGGAGAACGGAUUCCCUCGUUGCAGGCGUGGAAUCUGAUCGUUGACUCCACGGACAAGGGUAGCAAAGAUCAGCCAUCGUGGGAUAAGAUCCUGCGCAGCGCGUCAGAGGAAAGGUCUGUUGCACCCAAGUCGAACCAACAGGUCUGGAAAGACCAUUUGAAGGGUUUGGAGCAGCAGGCCCGCUCGAAGCCACUGUUCGGUCAAGCACCGACUCAAACAGCUCCACCUGCGUUCGGACAACCGGCCACAUCCAGUGCGUUUGGACAGCCCGCCAAUCCAUCUGGGCCGACAACGGGAGCUCUAUUUGGCGGCUUGUCUCAAUCUUCUGCACCCGAGAGCACUGGACCGCCAGCGAUGGCAGCACCGGUAUCACUCUUUGCUAGCCGUCCGACUCCAGCAUCCCUCUUUAGUGCUGCCCCAGCUGCAGAACCGAUCUUGCUCGCUUCGACCAGUCUAGAAGCACCGCAGUCGGAGCCAGAAGACGAGAGUACCAAUACAGAGGAACUCGCCAUCCCCAGCCUCGAAGUGCAAGACUCUGUCAAACAAGACUACGGCCUCACCACCACAUAUGAACUACCCGGUCGUCGCACCCUCGCACCCUCCAGCGUACCCCGUCGCCAUGUCCUGGCAGAACUGGACCUCAGAUCUGUGUCCCUCGCCUACGUUAUCGUGCCCAAGCACCGUGCUGCAGCGUUUCUGCGUGCCGAAAUCAAGAAUACCUCGUCUGUCAGCAUCCUGCGCGGCAAAGUCGGCAUGACCAUCGACGGAACAUUCCUGGGUACAGCCCAAGUGCCGAGCUGCGCGCCGAACGACUCGUUCACGCUCUCCCUGGGCGUGGAUCCAUCUAUCCAGGUGACGUAUGGAAAACCCACGGUCAGACCGGUGACGGGUGGCUUCUUCAAUAAAGAGGAUGCGGCGGUGUUCCGACGCACGUGUCUGGUGAAGAACACCAGGAGCAAUGCGGUGGAUAUCACGGUCAUGGAUCAGGUGCCUGUUAGUGAGGAUGAGCGGUUCCGGGUGCAGAUUAGGGAGCCUAAGGGGCUGAAUGUUUCGGGCGAUGAGGUGGCGUUGCCGCUGGAGAAGCAAGGAAAGGGGACUGCGAAGCUGGGAGUGAAUGGAGAGAUUAAGUGGGUGAUGAAAUUGGAGGCUGGGAAGGAGGUUCGUUUGGUGUUGGAGUAUGAGGCGAGAGUGCCGGUUGGGAGUGAGGUCAAUGUGGCUUAAUGGAACAGAUAGCAGGAUGACAUGUGGAGGUUGUAUUGUAAUAAUAAGAGAAUGAACACAUCUUUCGAGUC